AUGCCACUAUGCCUGUCCGCUCUGGGUGUCCGCUUGCCUGUCCGCCACUUUCCGCAGACUACACACAACAGGCCUCCUCCGGGCAUCCAACGGCCGCCCUCCCUGCGACCACGCUACCAGGGCACGUAUCGGGCGCGGCAAAAACCCUAUCUUAGUUCCACCACUCCAGCUCCACCGUCACCCGCUCCACCGCCCACCACGCCGCCGGGGGCGAACCACUCCCGACCACAAGGACUCCCGCCCGCUGCGAACCAUGGCGCGCCCUCGAUGAAGGAAACCCCGUCACGGCCGUGCCAACGUCACCUGCCGCGACGAGGCCCUCUCUCUCGGCUGGCCCGAGCCCUGGCGCUGCUGGCCGAGGACUCACGGCGCCCUGCGAACCCGUCGCAACGAGGGGCCGUCGCGCCAGCCGCAAUCCUGGUCAGCGGGUGGUCCCCAGUCACAGGCAGGGCGCUCGUUUGGCUGCACGCCGAGUGA